UUGAAGCCAAAGUCCUCCGACGGCCCCCCGGAGCCGCCGGCCCCGCCCGCCAAGUCCUCCAGCCGCCACGGCCUGGCCCCUGGGCGCAGCUCGGCCGCGGCGGCCCCGGACGAGCAGCCCCAUGUCGGCAACUACCGACUCCUGAAGACCAUCGGCAAGGGCAACUUCGCCAAAGUCAAACUGGCCAAACACCUCCUGACGGGCAGAGAGGUUGCCAUCAAGAUCAUUGAUAAAACUCAGCUCAACCCCACUAGCCUGCAGAAGCUCUUCCGAGAAGUUAGCGUGAUGAAGAUCCUCAAUCAUCCGAAUAUCGUGAAGCUGUUCGAGGUGAUCGAAACGGAGAAGACUCUGUAUCUGGUGAUGGAGUACGCCAGCGGAGGGGAAGUCUUUGACUACCUGGUGGCUCAUGGACGAAUGAAGGAGAAGGAGGCUCGAGCCAAGUUCCGCCAGGCAGAGAACCUCCUUCUUGACGCUGACAUGAACAUUAAAAUUGCAGACUUCGGCUUCAGUAAUGAGUUCACUCUGGGCAGUAAGUUGGAUACUUUCUGCGGCUCUCCUCCGUACGCUGCCCCGGAGCUCUUCCAGGGGAAGAAAUACGACGGGCCGGAGGUAGAUGUCUGGAGUCUGGGUGUGAUCCUCUACACGCUGGUUAGCGGUUCCCUGCCCUUCGACGGACAAAAUCUCAAGGAACUGAGGGAACGUGUUCUUAGAGGAAAGUAUCGGAUUCCCUUCUACAUGUCGACCGACUGUGAAAACCUGCUGAAGAAGCUGCUGGUUCUGAACCCGGGAAAACGUGGAAGCUUAAAGCAAAUCAUGAAGGACCGAUGGAUGAACGCAGGCUACGAGGGAGAGGAGCUGAAACCAUUCUCUGAACCGGAACAGGACCUCAGUGACCUCAAACGCAUCGAGCUGAUGGCAGCGAUGGGCUUUUCUCAGGAAGAAGUAAGGAAGGCGCUCGACGGGCAGAAAUACAACGAAGCCACUGCGACUUAUCUGCUAUUAGGGAGAAAAUCUGCCGAGGGUGAAAUGUCUUUAUCCAGCUCUAACCUGGUUCAGAGGUCCCGGCCGGUCAGCGACCUCGAAGGGUCCAGCCAGUCCCCCGCUCACCUUCGGAGCGUAGCCGGCACCCAGAAGCAGCGGCGUUUCAGUGACCACGUGGCUCCCUCCAUUCCGCCUCCCGUCUCCCACGCCAAGCGCUCUCAUGCCAACAGCGUGGAGAGCGAAAAGAAGCAGGAGCCGUCCUCACCCAUGGGAGCUCCGGACCGCAGGAAGUCGGCCACAGCUUCAGGGAGCAUGACCCGAAGAAACACGUAUGUUUAUGAGAGGAACAGCGCCGAGAGGCACUCAGGUGGGAUUCCCAAUGGAAAGGACAACAGUUUGCCUGAGGUACCAUCUGCAUCCCCAUCCCCGUCGCCCGGGGCAACCGUCUCCUCGGCCCGCCCUCGUCACGUGAAGUCCAUGUCGGCUUCGGGACACCCCAUGAAGUCCAGCCUGCCCCCCAUCGACGACAACGUUGAGUAUCAGAGCUCCCCCCGCCAGGACCCGUCGUCGCCCUCGGCCUUCAGCGUGGCCAGCAGCACCAGCUCCACCACGCCGGACCGGGCCCGCUUCCCCCGGGGCUCCUCCAGCCGCUCCACCUUCCACGGGGGCCAAAUCCGGGACCGCCGGACGGCCACCUACAACGGCCCCCCCGCCUCGCCCAGCCUGUCGCAGCACGCCGCCGCCGCCGCCGCCUCGCCCUACCGCGGCAACUCCACCUCCCUCAUCGGCAAGCUCACCUCCAAGUUCUCCCGCAGGAGUUUCUCCGGGGAGCCCAAAGAGGAGGGCAGGGAGUCCAAGCCCCGCUCGCUGCGCUUCACGUGGAGCAUGAAGACCACGUCGUCCAUGGAGCCGGGGGACAUGAUGAGGGAGAUCCGGAGGGUCCUGGACGCCAACAACUGUGACUACGAGCAGCGGGAGCGCUACAUGCUGUUCUGCGUGCACGGCGACGCCCGCCAGGAGAGCCUGGUCCAGUGGGAGAUGGAGGUGUGCAAACUGCCCCGCCUCUCGCUCAACGGCGUGCGUUUCAAGCGGAUCUCCGGCACGUCUAUAGCUUUUAAAAAUAUCGCCUCCAAAGUGGCCAAUGAGCUGAGACUCUGA